CGAGUAAAAUUGUAGACCCAUCGCAGCAACGUGUAGUCCACCAAUCACUUUGCCUCAACCAAGCUAACUGUAGAAUAAUUAUCCCCAUUUGACGAAUAAAGGUCACAAACAAAACAAGAAAACUCUUACGAAAAAGAARAGAAUUGAAUCCUAAUUCUGGUUAAAAACGGAGAAACGGUUGACCGUUAGAACUUAAACUUCGUGUGAACUGUGACGUACGGGUAACGAAACCUGAGUACCGAAGGUUUUGAGAUGGCGCCACGUGUAAUCUCGUGUUACAAUAAUAAAAGUGUCCAGGCGGGAGUACGAUAACCCGAGUAGGCGCUUCCGCACUGAAGCUUAAGCUGUGGAGCUGGAGCUCGGCAUAGCCAGUCUCGGAUCUUUGAGCAUCUUCAUUCGUCACGCACACCCCUUGGCCCUUCCGUCAAAUUCAAAACGGCGSUGUGACCUCACCUCGCAUCCUGUAUUCUGUCCCGUUGCCCGUUAACUGAUUCCCCCUCUCUGGCAGUGGAAGCUACAUUCAGGGCAAUCGAAAAAUCAAUCUAGUCCCUUGAAGGUGAAGUUUAAAGCUACUCCUAGUCCUAGCAACCACUACUUCAAAACUUAAUGGCCGGCAAUAAGCCUAUAGUACCAAAGGAAGAGGUCUUGGAUUUCAGGUUGCCUUCUGAUGUGAUUUAUUCGAGGCAUGAUGGGGAUGGUGGUGCAAGCUCAUCUGGGAGUAACAUAAGAUCAUUUUUCAUAGAUAUGGGGUUCCUGCCAUCCCUUGUUGAUAAAGUGAUUGAAGAAAAGGGUGAAGAUGAUGUAGAAUUGUUAUUAAAUACCCUGACUACGUAUUCGGUCGUUCAAGCAUCAAAACCUGAAUCAUCAGAUUCUCUAGACAGCUUAUUUGAUGACAAGGAUGCAAGCAAUGAAAUCUCUCAAGUUGUUAUUCCAAAGGAGGAGGUCGAUGAUUAUUAUGGCAGUAGUGAUAGCAAAAGAGCAUCCUUGUUAAUGAUGAACUUUACUGUUGAUGAAGUUGACUUUGCAAUUGAUAAGCUUGGUGGAGAUGCUCCAGUUAAUGAAUUAGUAGAUUUUAUAACUGCUGCACAGAUUGCUGAAAACUUGGAGAUGGAAACUGAUGAUACGUUCUGUAAUAAUGAAUUGAAAAAGGAGGAAAAUGAUGAAACCUUGUUUGUGACUAUGGAGAAAACACUUCGCUUGCUCGAAAUGGGUUUCUCUGAGAAUGAGGUUUCUUUGGCAAUUGAGAAGUUUGGUUCUGACACCCAAAUUUCAGAGCUUGCUGAGUCCAUUGUUACAGGUCGAAUUGCUGGUAACUACCCUGGGAAUGAUAAGUAUACCCCAAAGUCAUUUCAGAUGGGUGGUUUACAUACUCCGGAAGAUUGUAUGGAAAAAGUUAAAGCUGAGGAAUCCAGUUCAGAUGCAGUUUCUCUGUCAAGGAACAUUAACAUUGAGGAAAUAUUGAAGGGUAAAAGACCAAAAGAAGAAUCUAUGGAUAACCUUCUGAAUCCUAUCCCUCGUUUAGAUGUUAAAUAUAAAGGGAAAAGGCCAAAGCAAGAAUAUGCUGAUGACUUGAGUUCUCUCCACGGUCCCGGAUGGAUGGAAGCAAAAGUUAAUCCAAAAAUCACCAGAUUUGACAUGCCCCCACCUUCAAAAUUAAAUCCCUCUAGGAGUCUUGAUAAGGUGGUGGCUAAACCUCCAUUUUUCUUGUAUGGAAAUAUUCUGGAUGUAACUCGCGAUUCUUGGGAAAAAAUUUCCAAGUUCCUAUAUGCCAUUGAGCCUGAAUUUGUGGACACUCAUUUCUUCUCAGCCUUGAGUAGAAUGGAAGGCUACGUACACAAUCUUCCGGCUGCAAACAGGUUUCACAUUCUUCCAAAGCCUGCAAUGACCAUUGAAGAUGCUAUCCCACGGGCAAAGAAAUGGUGGCCAUCCUGGGAUACGAGGAAGCUGUUGAGCUGCAUCAAUUCUGAAGUUAAAGGAGUAUCUCAGCUGUGUGAUAGUCUUUCAAAGAUGAUGACUGAUUCUUGUGGCCAGCUCUCAUCUCAACAGCAGAGAGAUAUUCUUCAUCAUUGCAUAGCUUUGAACCUUAUCUGGGUGGGCCACUUCAAACUGGCUCCUAUGGACCCUGAACAAUUGGAGCGUAUGCUCGGCUACCCAGUAAAUCACACCCAAGAUGCUGAAAGUAGCUUAGCGGAAAGGCUUCAAUCACUCAAGUAUUGUUUUCAGACAGACACGCUGGGUUAUCAUCUCUCCGUUUUAAAGUCUAUGUUCCCAGAAGGGUUGACCGUGUUGUCUAUUUUCAGUGGAAUAGGUGGGGCGGAAGUUGCACUGCACCGUCUUGGCAUUCAUUUGAAAGUUGUCAUAUCAGUUGAGAGUUCGGGUGCGAAGAGGAGGAUUUUGCAGAAGUGGUGGCGCAGUAGUGGACAAACUGGGGAGCUGGAGCAGGUAGAGGAUAUACAGAAACUAACAAGCAACAAAAUUCACAGUUUGAUUAAGAAAUAUGGUGGUUUUGAUUUGGUCGUUUGUCAGAAUCCAUGUUCUCGUUCUUUGUCGUCUUCAAAACUGAGUGGAGACGUUGAGGGUACAGCAAGUUUUGAUUUCUCUAUAUUCUACGAGUUUGUCCGUGUUUUGCAGGCUGUAAGGAACACCAUGGAAACAUUGGAAAGAAAGAAGUGACAAUCUGCUUGUUCUAAUAAUGCUAAAUCCACAGAUCAAUAUCAGACUACAAUUUUGAUUGCC